UACGAAUUAGAGCAGUGGGGUGCCGCGGUCAAAGCAUACGAUGAAAACGACUACGAGUUGGCGCUAGAAACAUUCACCGAGAUAAAUGUGAAUGUCUUUUUUAUUUUCAACAGUGUUUCUGAGAUGGAUCUAGUUAAUCCUGCCUCAUUUAUGCAACUCUUGGUGAGCACGAUGAAGCAGUGGUGCCGAGCAUUUAAGAAAUCAGUAACGUUAGAUCAAUAUUUUGCAAUGGCUUAUUUCCAAAAGGGUGUAUCACACUUUCUUAUGGAAGAAUUUGAAAAGGCAUUGGCGAAUUUCAAUGAUGCGCUGUUGUACCUCAGGGGAAAUCUACUCAUUGAUUAUGAACAACUUGGUCUUAAAUUCC